UCUCGGCGAGAUAAAUGAUGUAUAAGCACUGCUCGAUCUGUGUGCCCACACAGGCGACACAUGGCUGCCGCCAACCACAGCAUCGGUAUUGUAGAAAAAAAAGGAGCCUACCGAAGAGCUGGAGGAGGCGGGGUGCGUUGAACAGAGUUUGCGUCGGCGGCGACGUCACGGGCGGCGCGCACCGUCGGCGUGCGGGGCGCGCGCGGACGCUCCAGGCUCCGCAAUCGACCUCGCGGGCCGAACACACGCGGUUGUGCCUCCGCCACGUCCGGGCGCGCGCUCUUCUCGGCUCUCCCGCUGCUACCGCCGCUGCUGCCGCCAGCAUGGACCACGAGUCCGCCAACCGGACGGUCGCCGGCAACGGCACUCUGGGGUCGGCGUCACCUCUGAACACCACGUCCGACGAAGACGAGCUGUACCAGGUGCCCGUGGAAAUCAUCGUGCUGCUGUCCUUCUGCUACGGACUCAUCUCGCUGGUGGCCGUGGCCGGAAACUCCAUGGUGCUCUGGAUCGUGGCUACGUCGCGACGCAUGCACACUGUCACCAACUUCUUCAUCGCCAACCUGGCCGUGGCCGACAUCAUCAUCGGACUGUUCUCCAUCCCGUUCCAGUUCCAGGCCGCUCUGCUGCAGCGCUGGGUGCUGCCAGAGUUCAUGUGCGCCUUCUGCCCGUUCGUCCAGGUGCUCUCGGUCAACGUGUCCAUAUUCACGCUGACCGCCAUCGCGCUGGACCGCUACCGCGCCGUGACGGCGCCGCUGCGCGCCCGCUGCUGCUCCAAGUUCAACGCCAAAGUACUCAUCGGCAUCGUGUGGGCCGUGUCGACGGCGGCCGCCCUGCCGUACGCCCUCGCACUGCGCGUCAUCCUCGUCUACGACUCCGCGUCCGGCGAGGUGUCGCGACCCUUCUGCAUCAACGUGGUCCUGCCGCCGUUCGCCUGGAAGGUGUACAACCACGUGCUCGUCGGCCUGCAGUACUUUCUGCCACUGUGCGUCAUCUGCUACACUUACGGACGCAUCGGUGGCGCGGUGCGUAACUCACGCACGCCGGGCAACGCCGAGACUGUGCGUGACACCAACAUCAUCCGCAACAAGCGAAAGGUGACCAAGAUGAUACUGGUGGUCGUGGCCAUUUUCGCCAUCUGCUGGCUGCCUUACCAGACGUACAACAUUCUCCAGGAGCUCUAUCCCGUCAUCAACCAGUAUCGCUACAUCAACGUCAUUUGGUUCUGCUCCCACUGGCUUGCCAUGAGCAAUUCCUGCUACAACCCUUUCAUUUACGCCAUAUAUAGUGAGAGGUUCAGCGCCGAGUUCCGGGCCCGGAUGCGCUGCUGCUCGUCCAGGAGCAAGCAGGAGGAGGCACGCUGCUACCGGCAGACGCCCACCUCCGUGUCGACGCGCUACUCGAUGCGCUCCUACUCCUGAGCGGAGGCCCCGCACCGCAACGAGCCGCUGCGCCCGGUGCAGGCCGCAGAGCAGAGCGUGUAGCGUCGCCUCGGUGGCCGCGGGUGACGUUCGCCGAGGCUCAGUGCGCGAGCUGAAAGACCGAACGCUCGAUUUGUCGAGCGGUGAAUUUGUGUGGUUGGAGCGCCGUUGUAUGCCAGCGGUGCCCCUGCAGGCUUGUGAUCAGAGGUCGUAUUGUUACGCGCGAUGAGCGUAUAGAUAUGACGCUUGGUCGAAGGUGGCUGGCGAAACCGACCACGCUGUCGAAGCGCAGUGAACGUUACGGUGCGAUUGUUGUAAGAGAACACGUGCUGCGGCUGGUUUAGGGGUUAGUCUGUCGGUUUUAAUACGUAUGCGCUUUGAGGCGAGUCUCGAUCGCAACGUAAAUAUAGUGCUGAAGGUGUACUGAACAAGUCGUUCGGCCGAUUGCGGGACGGUCGCCGAGAAUGAGAAAAAGAGUAAAGCCCAAGUUACGGCCGAGAA